AUGCCUUUUGACUUCACAUUCCCCUCGGCCUCUAUUGAGCGCCCAAGUCCCCCUCCUGCCAUGUCAUCACUGCCCUUUGACCAAGCUUUCCUCGACAUGGCAUAUGCUUCAGCCUCGGCCUCUGCUGCUGGACAUGUCUCUGGCCACUCUCGCUCAUCAUCAAAGGCCUCAGUCUACUCCAAUGUAUCCGUCGACUCGGACCAUGGCUCUCUCUGCUCUCGUCUGACAACGCCUCCUCGAGCUUCUCCUGCUGUUCGUCAGCAUGGUCCUCUUUUGCUCCCCAAGAUCCGCUCUCAGGACCAGGAUAUCGAUGCCACUCCUACUCCCACCCCCUGUGGUCACUACCGCAUGAUGACCCCUCCUGCUCCCAACCCUUCUCGGCACUCGCGUAGCUACACAAACCCAGAGUCUCUCAGCAUCAACUUUGACACUCCUGGCUCUAUCGCCUCUGUCAACACAUCUUUCUCUAGUCAGCCUGACGACUCUCUGUCUGCAUCUCUACUUGCAUCUCCUGCCAAUUUUGCCACUCACAUCUCUGGCUCUCCCCACUCACGUCGUGCUUCCAGUCUUGAUGCCACCGCAAUCGACCGCUAUGGUUACCCAACCUACCGUCAGAUGCCCUCGUUCGCCUCUGUGGUCCCCCAGCAGCAAUCCGACUAUGGCUUUGCUUCCUAUAGCUACAGCCCUAGAGCCCAGUCCCCUUUAAGCCUCACUGCUACUCCGGAUCCCACUCCCAACACCAACAUUUUGAGUUUUCUCACCGCAACAAACCCCGCUGCUUCGCUUGUCCGCCACAUCUCAUUCCCCAUGCGAGAUGCCGCCACUAAGCACUUCUGGUGGGAUGUUCGCAACAUUCGCUCUUGGUCAUCCUUCAACGCUUCUGCCAUUCUCUCUCUCCCUGGUGCCUUGGCCCUUCUUACCAACCCUGUUCCCGCGCCUCUGCUUUCUCAACCUACCUUUACUUCUCGUCACCCUGAGAACGAGGCUCAACUCCACUCCAUCUAUGCUUCAUACUACCUACCCAAGCUGAACUCAGCCCUAGCCAUAUCUUCUACUCGUCCCCUGCACCUUUCGGUGCCUCCUAAGACUAAUGGCAUGAACGAUCUUCUCUUCGUUGCCAACGCCUCUGGGGAAUCUACCACUGCGGCUGCUAUGUUUGGUGGCAAGCCCACUGCCCGUGUCGUCGGUCUGGUUCGCAGCUUCGAUCGUUUCAACACUGGUAUGCGUGUUGAGGGCAACAUCAAGCGUGUCGAGUACCUCCGCGGCCUCUCAGCUAUCCAUCAUGCUAUGCGCGAGCAUGGGUGCCGCUACGGCUUCAUCCUUACAGAGAUUGAGCUCGUCCUUGUUCGAAACGGCACUGCAAACACCCCCUUCUUCGGAGAUCUUGAAGUUACCUCUGUUCAACUUGCCGCUUCUGCUCCCGAAUGUGGCGCCUCAACUCUGCCCCAGGAAACUCCUCUCACAGCAUGCCUCGCUCUCUGGGGUCUGUGCCAGCUUGCUUCUGACGAUACUCCUGUCGGACACGCCCACUGGCGAGCUGAAAUUGGCGCACCGGCCGAAGGAACCCGUCGCAAGGCCCAUUCUCGAGACUCGUGGAUGCCUCAGCCCCAGCUGGCUGAGAAGCGCGAGGCCAAGCGAAGCCGUGGAUGGGUAUGGCCCGAGGAUGCAAUUGGUCGUAAGGAGCUUGGAAAGAGGGGAGUUCGUUAUGGUGGUGUCUAA